GUUAAGAGAAAAAUUAACAAAAAAAUAUCCUUGCUGUUUUCCUCAAGGAAAGCAAAGGCCAAAAGUGUCUGCAACAUAAUGGUCCCACUUCUGUAGCAAAUCUCACUUUAUUCUAAACUGCUAAGAUAAUUAACCAAGAUGGCAACCAUGGCUACCUCAUCUUGAUUCUCCCCAUAUAUACAUACACACACAUAUAUACAGGAAUACAGUAUGCCCUUCUGUUUGCAUUUUAUAUCUCACUUUCUGAGCAAAGUUUUUAUUACGAUCCAUUUUUUUUAAUUUUAUUGUCUUUUAUAUUUGCCUCCAAUGGCAAACCCUGUUAGAAAGCACAUAUCUUCAGCUUCUUGGCUAUCUUGCCCAUUAUAGAACAUUAAAGGGUUUCAAGAUCCGAACUUUGUUUUUUUCUUAUUGAAAUCCAAAGAUGGGCUUUCGGAUUCGGAAAAUGGGGUUUUAUUUAUGGGUUUGUUUUAGUUUGUUAUGCUACAGCUUGAGUUUUGUAAGUUCACAAACUGAAGGGGAUACAACUGUUGAAGGAACUGUUUUUAUUGAUGGGAAAGCUCCCAUUGCUACAAUAGAUGAUGAUUUUAUCUGUGCUACUUUGGACUGGUGGCCUCCUGAAAAAUGUGAUUACGGGACAUGCAGCUGGGGUCUCGCUGGACUGCUCAAUCUGGAUCUUAGUAAUAAUAUAUUCUUGAAUGCCAUAAAAGCCUUUUCACCAUUGAAGAUUAGAUUGGGCGGCACAUUGCAAGAUAAGGUCAUAUAUGAUACAAGUGACAAUCAGGAACCCUGUACUUCAUUUGUUAAAAACACUUCUGAGAUGUUUGGUUUUACCCAAGGAUGUUUGCCCUUGAAUAGAUGGGAUGAGCUUAAUGCCUUCUUUGAAAAAGCAGGGGCUAAGAUUAUUUUUGGUUUAAAUGCUCUUGUUGGACGAUCUAUAAAGUCUGAUGGUUCAGCUGUAGGAGCAUGGAACUACACCAAUGCUGAAUCUUUCAUACGUUACACCGUUGAAAAGAACUAUACCAUACAUGGUUGGGAGCUAGGAAAUGAAUUGUGUGGGAGUGGGGUUGGAACUAGAGUCACAGCAAAUCUGUAUGCUGCCGACACAGCAGCAUUACAAAGUAUAGUGCAAAACAUAUACAGGGAUGUUGAUUUGAAGCCAUUAGUUAUAGCACCUGGUGGGUUCUAUGACUCAAAUUGGUUCAAAGAAUUCAUCGAUAAAACAACCAAAUCCUUAGAUGUGGUCACUCACCACAUAUACAAUCUUGGACCAGGAGUCGAUGAGCACCUUGUUGAAAAGAUUCUUAAUCCAUCCGUUCUUGAUGGUGAGUCCAGAACAUUCAGUGGCCUUCACAACAUCAUCAAGAAUUCUACAACUUCAGCAACUGCCUGGGUGGGUGAGGCAGGAGGAGCUUACAACAGUGGCCAUAAUCUUGUAACAAAUGCAUUUGUGUUCAGUUUCUGGUAUUUAGAUCAACUUGGCAUGGCAUCAAAGUAUGAUACAAAAACUUACUGCAGACAAUCACUGAUUGGUGGAAAUUAUGGUUUACUAAACACUACCACUUUUGUGCCAAAUCCAGAUUACUACAGUGCUCUUCUUUGGCACCGAUUAAUGGGAAGAAAUGUUCUAUCUACAAGCUUUGCUGGGACCAAAAAGAUACGCUCAUACACUCACUGUGCAAAACAAUCAAAUGGCAUCACUCUAGUUUUGAUCAACCUUGACAAUAGCACCACUGUCCAAGCAAAUCUUGCAUUCAACAGUACAAUGACCUUGCAACACAAGCACAAGCCCAAGCCUAAGCACAGGUCUAGGACUUUGCACCACAAGCACAGGUCUCAUAAAACAAUGAUUAUCCAGCUGCCUCAAGGCAGUGAUGCUGAAAUCAGAAGAGAGGAAUACCAUCUAACAGCAAAUGAUGGAAAUUUACACAGCCAAACCAUGCUACUUAAUGGAAAAAUUUUAAGUGUAAAUUCGUCUGGGAUCAUACCUCCUUUGGAGCCCUUACAUGUAAAUUCACCAAAGCUAAUAAUGGUAGCUCCUUUAUCUAUUGUGUUCACUCACAUGCCAGAUGUUAUUCUCCCUGCUUGCAAGGUAUAUGAACAACUACCAACUACGAAUAUCGAACAUGGUCAACUUUCACUUAGGCACUGUGGAAAGGGUCAAAUUUGGGAUACCUCGAACACUGUGUCAAUCAGUUUGGAUGCUUCAUUCAGGAAAACUGCUAUAAAGCACAGAAACAAGGUCAAUCAAUCAUCGAAAAGAUUUGAGGCUUAUUGCUAGAGAAUGCCAACCAGACAAUGGUACCAGUCAUGUA